AUGAAUUCCAUUGUGCUGCUUUUCGUGUUCUUGAAAAGCCUCAUCCUGUACCCACAGCUCGUGGGUGAUUCCUGGGAUGAGGAAACACGUUUCCGCAUGGAAGUGCGUGCAAAAGAGCUGGAAUGGGAGAGGAUUCAGCAGGAGCUGGAGGUGGAGAAGCUCACCCCGAAGCAGGUGCAGCUCUUGCAGCUCUUAGCUGCUGCUGUGCUCGUGUUCCUUAUCUCGGUGCUAUGGUUGAUUGGGUGCAAAAGGAGCAUGAGGAGAGAAGGCCAUGAAGAAGAGGACAAUGCUGCAAAUGAAGAGGAGGUCGGCAAUGUUGCUGCAGAUGAAGAAGAUAAUAUUGAGAAUGAACUUGUCAAUGAGGCUGCAAAUGCAGAAAACAAUGAUUUUGCAUGGGCAGUAUAUGAAGGUGGCAAUGAUCUGGACGAUAACACUGGAAGAAUUAUAAUGGAACACAUACAGUGGCCUGUACAGGAGCUGCAGGCAGGCUGCGAGUGGUCAAAGAACCUCAUGGAUAAUUUUGCACUUUACUUUGGACACGUCUUAGCAAACAGCUUCUACCCAGGCCUGCAACGAGCCAUCGGGGUGGGCAGUGCCUUCGAAGGUUGGAGUCCACGUGAGCAGGAUAUUGUCUACCAGGUGCUCAUUCCCAUGACUCCUCCCCAAGGCCACAGCUUCCACCUGGAGCUGGACUCUGCAGAGGAGAGGCACGUGAGGAAUUUCCGUGUCCGCGUGCAGCUGGAGUGCACCUGCACGAAGGAGCAGCAGGCUGAGGGCAUGCUGUGCUUCCUGCACCACCCCGAGGAGGAGCUGAGGAGCAAUCAGGAUCCCAGCCUCCUAGACACCCUGUGCACCGACUCCUACCUGGAUGUGCAGAAAACUGCCCGCUGGUUCUACCAGCUGGUGAGAGCCAUCUGGCCAGCUUUGCCUCAGUCUCACAACUGGCAUUUAAAGCUGCUGCCCUCCACACGCUCCUGCCAAUUCCAGGUGACCUCUCGUAGAGAAAGCUUCAGGAUUGAGAUGUUCUUUGGGGUGCGCAGAGGUGACUCAGACAUAUUUGUGAGCAGCCAGCCUAGAGAGGCUCACACCCAAAGCACAGCCUGGCCUGAGACCUAUGCUGUGGCAGAACUGAAAUUCUUCCAGUACAUUGCUAGGCAGGCCCCCCAUGACACUUUGCACCUGAGAUGCCUGCAGUUCUUCUCCUGUCUUCUGCUGGGCAUUGGCUUUUCCACCUACACCAUGAAAACCAUUGUCAUGCACCUGCUGAACACCAUUCCUGUGUCACAGUGGAGCAGGAGACAUUUCCUGAGGCGAUUGAUUGAUAUCAGCGAGAGCCUGCGCUUAUCCCUGGAAGUGAAACACCUCUACCACUUCAUUGUUGGCAACCAGAGGCUUCCUGAGGAGAUCAGUUUGCCCCAAGAUGUUCAAAUGGCUGAGCCACUCAAUCUCUUCCACCGCCUGGCCAUGGAUCCGGUUGCCCACUCCCAGGGCAUGGAGGAGUACCUUGAUCUGCAACGUCGGCUCGAAGCAGUCCUGAAACCUGAUGAUUGA